AUGCCGGCUAUGUCCGUGCCGCACAAGAGCGGGAACGAUGACAGGGUCCGGUGCCACCAGAUAUCCGCUUCGCGCUCAGCCUCCAUAGAUCUAAAACCUUUCUUUGCUGGUCCGUACCGAGAUCUUGGAUGGUCCUUUGAAAACAUGAUACCUUGGCAUACUCACCGAGAUUCUUCCGAUGCCAAAUGCUGGAACCAGAACGAAGCCAGAAUUACCUACAUCAUGUCUGGCUACAGCGCAUCCAGGUCUGAGGACAUGGCUCAAAUAUGGCGCAUACACAAGAAGGGUUUGCCUCCUGUCACAAUGCAGUUAGAUACGGUAGCCAUAGCUGAGCCUCAACAGGACGAGGUGCUUGUCAAGGUCCACAGCGCCGCAGUGAACCCAGUCGAAUGGAAGAUUGCGGCGCACGCACCAGCUUUCAUACAGAGAUUCCCAAGAGGUAUGGGCACGGAUUUCUCUGGCACCGUCCUUCGCACUGGACCGGGCCUCACCUCGGAAGAGCUCGAACUUUACAAACCUGGCACGUCUGUCAUUGGCAUGAUGGCGAGAUUGACGUCCCGCACAAGCUUACCAUCUAUCUUGACAUGCCUGGCAGUCCGUGAGAACGAUGUCGUGCAAACACUCAGGCGUGAUCACUCGGCGAAACCAUUCGACCUGAUCCUGGACACUGUGGGCGACUUUGCGGUCUUUCGCGCCUGCCCGGCAUUCCUCAAAGAAAGCGGUGAAUACGCCAAUGUCGGCGCUUCCGACAUGCGACCAGAUGGCUCCAUCUGGUCCAUCCUCAACUUUUUGCGUAACAUGACCUCGAUCUUUCUCCCUUGGUGGCUUGGCGGCGUACCGCGCAAAUCGACGCCGGGCGGCUCCAUUCGCGACGGUCUUCCCGAGUUCAUCGACAAGUACCUGGUCAACAAGUCAGUCAGAUGCCCCGUCGACAGCACUUUUGGCUUCCAAGAUGCCCCAAAAGCAUACGAGCGUCUCAUGACGGGUAGGGCAUUGGGCAAAAUCAUCGUAAAGGUGGACUAG